AUGUUUUGGCGAUGUUUCUUGGUCCUCGCCUGCGACACAGUGGCGGCCCUGAGUUGCCGCUGCUUGUCCUAUGCUGAAGGGAAGGACGAUAGCUUCAAUCGCGAGAUCGAGGGCCUUAGCAGGAAUCAGACCAAUCUCAGCUACGGCAUCGGCUGCGGCACACAUGACCUGGAUGGUCCCUUCACAGCCUGUGCUUCCAGUGAGCCCGAGAAAUGGUGCGGCGAUGCAUGGUGCUACGUCGCCCCCAGUUGCACCCUAGCUUCAAAAAGCUCGUCCUACAGGGUGGGCCGCUUCUACUCCUACUCCCAAUGUGGCUACCUAGACCGGUUCACCUCUGAAUAUGUGGAAGGUCGCACUUUCCAAGGGCAAACGAUCAACGUGGUUUUCAUGACCAACUCUGGUGGCUGGAAAGGUUCGUACUGCGACAGAAAUGAAGGCUGCUCUGGACCAACAUGGUCUUUGGUGAACGAUGUGAUCCAAAGGACAGGCUCUGUGCCGAACGUGUCGAUGACCUUCUAUGGUGGCCCCUUAGCCAAUUAUCCUGGUGCAUAUCCGGAACAGGUCAUCGAUCAAGUGAACCGUGAUCAGCAGACAAGUGCCUUUACAGCUUGUGCGUAUGCCACAGGCAUGGGCUUUGUCGAUAUUUGUGUUGGUGCCUUUACUGCCACGCCAGCCCGAGAUUUGCUUUCCCUGAACCUGGAUCUCUGGGCCGAGCCCGUGUAUUUGAUCGCGCCUAAGGCGCAGUCCAACGGGUUUCUUCAAAACAUCACCAAGGCAUUUUCGCCCUUAACUGCGCGUGUAUGGCUCUGUGUCCUUGCUUUCCUCUUUGUCGCUUCCCUACUGGUGAUGGUCCAGGAGCGUUACGGUCCUGGGGUCCCCGAAGGCAGCCGGGGCCUGUUCGCCGAAGUCAGCCUCCCAGCAGCCGUGGUGGAGGCCAUUUACAUCGGCUUCAAUGGGCUCUUCGCAAGCAACGCCCAUGAUUUUCAUGCGCAAACCUUGGGCGGGCGCAUGACCACCCUGGCCAUGGGCUUUCUGAUUUUGCUGAAACUUGGCAAAAAUCGAGAAAACAUGGACACAUUUGAAAUUUUGUGGGCGGAUGAGUGUGUCACAUGUUUGAUUGAAAUCCAUGAUCCAUGGGGUCAAUUCAGAUCUUUCAAAAAACAAAAAUGGCUGCUCCCAUCCAUCCCAGAAUUGGAGGAACAUUUUCCUGAAACCGAUUCAUUCGGGUAA